CCGAGCGCGCAGCGAUCGAUCCCACCCUCCUCCCCACCGAAGGCCAGCCGGAACCGCAGGCUCAGGAGACCCCAAAUUUUUCCUCCUAAUUCGAACCAUGACCACUGCCACCUCCUCCAAUACGAGCACCACCACCACCACCACCUCCCAUCCCCACCGCCACCGUCCCUCAUCCGCCACCUCCCAGCCCGCCACCCAGGCCUGCGCCGCCUGCAAGUACCAGCGCCGCAGGUGCAACCCCGACUGCACCCUCGCCCCCUACUUCCCCGCCGACCAGCAACGCCAGUUCCUCAACGCCCACCGCCUCUUCGGCGUCAGCAACAUCCUCAAGAUCAUCCGCGACCUCGACCCCGUCCAGCGCGCCGAAGCCAUGCGCUCCAUCAUCUUCCAGUCCAACGCCCGCGCCCACGACCCGGUUGGUGGAUGCUACCGCAUCAUCCUCGAGCUCGAACGCCAGCUCGAGCACGACUCCGCCGAGCUCGCCCUCGUGCUCCGCCAGCUUGCCUUCUGCCGUUCCCAGGCUCAAGCAGCUCUAUCCCCUACUAUGACCGCCGUUACCUCCGACCUCGGCUCCGUCCAUCCCAAUCUCAUUCUAAAUGCGGACGACACCGGUGGUGAUGCCAUCUAUGGCGGCCAUCAAAACAACCUCGUUGCUCUCCCGAUGCAUCAACAGCAGCAGCAGUGCAACGAUUAUUUCUAUUAUGAUGGUGGUGGAGGUGGUGACCACCACAGCGACCAUCAUAACAAUAAUAACAAUGGGACGAGCAAUAGUAAUAGCGUUGACGAUAAGCAUCAUCAUAAUUAUGAUAACAGAGGGGUGGAGGUCGAGGUGCCAACAAUGUCGAUGUUGAGCCUCCAUCCGCAGCAGUGCGGGGUUGAUGAGGAGGACGUGAAGCCGCUGGUCGACAUGUUCGAGAUCAGGCAGGCAUUCACGAUAGGGGAUGACGAAGAGGAACCAGCCAAGAAUUGUGCUGCCGCUGUUGCCGAACCGUUUCAGUGCAGUGGCAAGAUAGAGUUCAAAGAGGAGUUAAACCCUAUUGAGGAUGUUCCAGAACAUGAUCUGAAGGGCGCUGCCUCUUUGUUUACUCUUACGAAUUGUACAAACUCUUCCAUUGGUUUUGAACUCAGGGAUGCUAAUUGAUACAAAAGGGAGGGUUUGGAUGUGCAACGUAUCUCUUUGCUCUUAUCUACAUUGAUAAUUGAACUUUUGCUGGAAAGUAUUGAUGGGAUGGCAGAUUAAAGGGGACUUGGUGGUGCUACAGAAGAUAAGAACAGAGCUAACUGCUAAAUUUCAUGAGGAUAGUGCAUCAUGCCAGUCUCAAUCCAAAGGAUCGAUGGUGCCACCAUGAGUGCUAAUGCCACUGAGAUCUCUGUUGUUUGAGUUGACCCAGACUACUCUUCCUCCUGGGAUUUUAAACUCUCACUCUAGGUGGGCAGAUGUUACUUUACUGGCCAACCUUGAGUGACGCGUUGCCUUCAUUGCUUGCCUAUGAAUCAGUAGUUUGAACUCCAGCUUUCUGACAUGAUUGGUAUUGGCUAGUGCCUUAGCUUUAGCCAUCUAAUGCUCUACCUUUUCUUAUAGUGGUGGUCCCAACAUGUAGUCCAAUGCGAUGGAGACCCCACAACCUAUUCAUAAAAAUGUUGGGUGUUUGAGAGAGAGUAUCGCAGAAAGAUCUUGUAUAGUGUCCUGUGGCAGGAUUGUUGGAUCCUAUGGUAUGUAGAACAGCCACAUAAUCUCUACUUACCAUCAAAGUUUGAUCAGCAUAUUGAUAUGGUUAUCAGUCCACGAAAUGAUAAAGAAUGUAUGAACAGUCCUGACUUGUUCGG